AUGGACGGAGACAGCAGCCUCAACAUUCUGUACGUGCACACCUUGGAGCUCAUGGGAAUCAGCCUAGACAAGCUACGUCCCAGCACGUCGCCGUUUCAAGGUGUUGCGCCGGGAAAGCGAGUCCAGCCCCUCGGACAGAUCAAUCUGCCUGUCUGUUUCGGCACGCCGGCUAACUUCCGCAAGGAAGUGCUCACCUUUGAGGACGUCAUCACCGUCGGCCCAUCGUUCAAGCACGCCUACGAGUGCGACGUUGAAUGCGUCGAGUGCACCGAGGCCCUAACAGAGGAUGAGGCCCUCGCCGCCGACUUGGAGAAAAUGGCGAACGAGGCCAUGGACUCCACGCACUGCCACGCUGGCAGCUUCGAGCCUGCCGAAGGCGUCAAAGACGUGCCCCUCGACCCCAACCGCCCGACGGCAAGGCGCUGA